CGCCACACACACCCGCGCGCGCGCGCUGGCAGGGCGGAGCAGGCAGGAGAGCAGAGAGACGGGCAUUCUGUAAGAUUGUUCGUGAAGUUUGGGAGCCGGGAGCAUGAAGGCAGUGUAUGAAGCGGGUCGCUGCCCUGUGGAUUGUCAGCUCAAAGGGGGGGCUGCCCACAGGAGCAGUGGCAGCAUGAGGAGCAGGGCAGGCCACCCGCAGUCGCAGUGCCUCUCCCCCAGCGCCGCCUUCCAAGCGAUAGCUCGCAAGCAGCGGCGUGGGGUCAUCGAGAAACGCCGCCGGGAUCGCAUCAACAACUGCCUGUCGGAGCUGCACCAUCUCCUGCAGCCCACGGCCUUCCUGCAGCAACAGCAGGCGUCCGGUGCCGGGGUCACGACGCAGGAGCGCGGCAAGCUGGAGAAAGCCGAAAUCCUGCAGAUGACUGUGGACCACCUCAAGGAGCUGCACUCGUGCGGGGCAGCAGCCGGAGGUUACCUGCACGACACUUCCCUGGCCUUGGACUUCUACCGCAGCAUGGGCUUCAGGGAGUGCCUGGGCGAGGUGGCGCGCUACCUGAGCGUGACCAGCCCCGCGAGUGGAGGAGACCCGGCCUGCGAGCACCCUCUGCGGAGCCGCCUCAUCGCCCACCUGCACGGCCUCGCGUCGCGCCUGCCCUGCGCCGGGCCCGCCGGGCCUCCCCGCAUGAGCGGCACGCCCUCCUCAUCCACCUCCUCCUUCCCGUCCUCCUGCGCGCUCUCAUCGUCGUCGUCGACGCCAUCGUCGUCGUCAUCCAUGGCGCCACCCUUGCACUGCUGGGGCCUCAUGCUGCUCCCCCAGGGGCUGCCGUGGGUGUCGCCGGCGGCCCCCACGGAGUUGCACCCCCACGCCGCGCCCCACGGCCCCGUGCCCACGUUGCCACAGCAGCAGCAGCAGCAGCAGCAGCUGCUGCUGCCCGGCGAAGUGGCGCUCAAACACUUCGCGUCCUGAGCCAAGACUCCGUGGGAGGGCGGGAGGCCGGCAAGUUCGACCCACUGCAAGCAAGACAGGACUGCACCUUCACCUUGUGGUUUUACAGCCGCAUGGCAAUGCGGGGCCAGAUUCACGCGGUGAACGGUUAGGCGCGGUCGUGCGUACUCCUAGUCCAGGGGUCGGCAACCUACGGCUCCGGAGCCGCAUGCGGCUCUUUACGGGCUGCUUCUUGACGAUAUGUACAGUAUGUACUCAGAUGCAUUGCGGCUCUUGAAAUACUGAAUUUUGUACCGAAUUGGAAAGAAAUGGCUCUUCUUGUUAUUUUGGUUGCCGACCCUUGUCCUAGUCCAAGCGCUUUGGAGGUGAGCCGCAAGUGGUUCAAGUAGAUAAAGCAUUUCUCACGCUUUCUGUAAAUGAUGACAAACCCAAGUCACUGCCCCGCUGCUGAUGCUGCUGCUGUUGUCGCUGCUGAUGUCCAAAAUAGUAUAGCAGUGAUUUUGACUAUUUCGAGUCGGUGGUUUCAAACAAGGCUGUGCGCAUUAUCCACGCAGCACGGUGAUUUCACGUGCCAUGCAGGGCAUGAUGGGAGGACGGAUCCAAUGGGCAUGACUGGACUGUGUUUUUCUGUCUAAAACUCAUAUUGGGCGUAUGUUAUUAACUCUUGUGGAGCCAAAGGUGGAUCGAUCAAGUAGAUGUAUGAGACUUUAAAAUAUGCGAGGCUUCAAGAUGCUCAGAAUAUAGCGUUAAAGCGAGUGUGUUGGUCAACCCAUUUGUGUAGAUAUUUGAGAAUUACCAGCACAUUCACCAGCUCUGCUCAUUUUUGAAUGCCUUUUGUUGUUUGUUUAUGUGGUUUUGGGGCCACCUUGGGUAAACUGGCCUCAGUUGGAAUAAGGGAUAUCCAAUGGUUAGGUAUUAUUACAUUUGUGUCGUAGUUAUUUUUACUGUUUCUGUACAGCGUAUUGAGAUGGGGUGGCAUUUAGAGACACGAUAUAAAUCCACAUUGUAAUUAUAAUUUUUUUUUAAAUUUUAAAAAAGUAUAUCAUCGCAAGCAUUUGAAAUGCAUUCACAUGACUAAUAGUGACGUUUGCCUUGUGUAUUAACUAAAAUGUAUAGUCAUAUAAAUGUCCUACAAUGCUUGUAUUGACGCCUACCGGGUUCCUAUAGCUGAUUGUGUAUAUGACAAAAACACCCCACAAAUAUCUACGUUAUAUCGUCAAUGUGUAUUGAAAGCUUAUAUGCAAUAUUGUUGUUAGAACAUUUCAUUUAACAUGAUCGAGUAUCGAGGGAUGUUGCCGUGGUGUAAUGGUGAGCUCACUAGAGUUGAAACAACGGGAAAGGUCACUUGAAUCCCUCCUCCCACCCCCGCUUCUGAGCAUCCAACAGCAUGAAUGGGCUCAUCACAAUUAUUCGACCGGCAGGUCGCCACGUGUGGUGGGGUAAAAUGUGGGUACCUCCACCUUUUCCAAGAGGUCUGGCCAGCAUGGAAGAGUAGGCCAAAUACCCUCUCUAUUGGCUCUCGAGAGCUCAUUCUGGUGUUGGUUCUUGCGCCAGAAGCGGUGUCAGCAACAAACGGUUGAAGGGCUGCAUUCCUUCCCUGUGGCGCAUUGCACCGUAAUUCAAAAUUUCCACUGUCAGUAUUUUGGUCCACAGUUUUUCAAACAUGUGUGCUGUUGUGAGCGGUUGCGUGUUUUGUGCUUGUGGCCAACAAUGAAUAAUUUACAGGAAUAAGUGUACGUAAUUAUCUCCUCGGCAUAUAUUGGCGUAUAUUAUUAUUGUACAUAAGUGAAAUAAAGAUAUAAGGCCUUCCA